AUGAGUGAGAGAAAUGACACGGUUGUUGCUGAUUCCUUGACAACCUUGGCUCAAGUGGUAAAAGUUCAGCAGAAUCCACAGGUUGAAGAUGUUGAAUCUCGUGGACUAGACAGGUUUCUGAGGAACAAACCACCAACCUUCAAAGGAAGGCUUGAUCCAGAAGGCGCACGGGUUUGGUUGCAGAAGAUCGAGAAAAUCUUUCGAGUGCUGGCAUGUGCAGAUGCUCUAAAGAUUCGUUAUGGUUCUUAUAUAUUGUCUGAAGAAGCAGAGUAUUUGUGGGAUAAUGCUAGACAAAGGAAAGAGGUGCAAUUCCCCGAACUUAAGCAAGAAAAUAUGAUUGUUGCAGAUUAUGCCGCCAAAUUUGAAGAGUUGUCUAGGUUAUGCCAUCACUAUAAUGGAGCAGAGGCGAAGAUGUCUAAGUAUAGUCAUGCUAGAUCCUACCAUUACAAGAGUGUUAGUGACAAGAGAAAUGGUAACCUAAAUCGCAGAAAAUUGUAUGGUGCUCCAUCUGUUAAAGGGAAGUAG